AUGGUCCAGCAAGUUCCCAAUGCCGAGCGUCUCACCGACCUCCUGAGCCUCAAGGGCAAGGUCGUCGUCGUCACCGGCGCGUCCGGCCCCCGCGGCAUGGGCAUUGAGGCUGCUCGUGGCAGCGCAGAAAUGGGCGCAGAUGUGGCGAUAACUUAUUCUUCUCGCAAGGAGGGCGCGGAGAAGAACGUUGAGGAGUUGAUCCGGGACUAUGGAGUCAAGGCUAAGGCGUACAAAUGCAACGUUGCCGACUACCCCGAUGUCGAGCGCGUUGUGAACGAGAUUGUCAAGGACUUUGGCAAGAUUGACGGCUUCGUUGCCAAUGCUGGCGCCACUGCCGACUCUGGCGUCAUUGAUGGCACCUCGCAGGCCUGGGACAAGGUCAUUCAGAUCGACCUCAACGGCACCGCCUACUGCGCCAAGGCCGUCGGUGCCCACUUCAAGAAGCAGGGCCACGGCUCUUUCGUCAUCACUGCCUCCAUGUCUGGCCACAUUGCCAACUACCCGCAGGAGCAGACGUCCUACAACGUGGCCAAGGCCGGCUGCAUUCACAUGGCCCGCUCCCUGGCGAAUGAGUGGCGCGACUUUGCCCGAGUCAACAGCAUCUCUCCCGGUUACAUCGACACCGGUCUGUCUGACUUCAUCGACCAGAAGACGCAAGAUCUGUGGCGUUCCAUGAUUCCCAUGAACCGCAACGGCCAGGCCAAGGAACUCAAGGGAGCUUACGUCUACCUACUCUCAGACGCCAGUUCCUAUACGACCGGCUGUGACCUGACAAUCGAUGGCGGCUAUACCUGCCGAUAA